AUGGGAACAUGCAUAACUAAGGAAAAAGUCAAUCCAGAGAUUCUCAAGCUAGACUUUAUUAUGAACGAUUCAUCAAGAAUGCUUAGCAAAGCCUAUUCUGAUAAAAAGGUUAAAAGCCUUAGAACACGAGAAGAGUCACAAAAUACUGAACGUCUGACCUCUGCAAGCCAAGAAGAUGAGAAAAAUAGUUUUUCUAUGUCUUGCCCUCGGGUAGUAAUCGAAGGAGUCAUGAGCUCACGCCUUCAAAAAGAGUUUGAAGACAAAAAAAUAACUGUAAACACUGACAUAUCUCAAGAAAAUUAUUUACAAAAACUUGGAAUUGGUGUGGCAUGUAAAAAAGGGUUUAAGCCCAGAAUGCCAAACCAAGACGAAUUUUCUAUAAUAGUGGACAAACGCUUUAUUUAUUUAGGAGUAUUUGAUGGACAUGGCGAAGAUGGCCAUCAGAUUUCAAACUACGUCCACAAGUUUCUCCCAAAGCUCUUAAUAGACCAUCCUAAAUUCGACUAUGACGCUUUAUUUGCAUUUUUCGAAUGCUACCCUGAAAUAAACGAUCGAUUACAUAAAAUUGGGUUACAAAAAAACAAUGAAUUUGACAGUGUCCUCUCAGGUACCACAGCUACAAGCCUACUAAUGAGAAAUGAUCACCUUUAUGUGGGUCAUGUUGGCGAUACCCGAGCUGUCCUUGGCUCGAAAUUUGAUAAUGGCAUUAAAGCUAUUAGGAUCACAACUGACCAUAAGCCAUGACUGGUAGAAGAAAGAAAAAGAAUUGAGUCAUGCAAAGGUGAAGUAAAAAAAUUACCUCACGAAAUUUUAUAUAGAAUUUAUGCCAAAGGAAAACAUUUUCCUGGCUUAGCAACCUCAAGGACUCUGGGCGAUGGACUCGCCCAGAGCUUGGGAGUUUCUCCAAAACCACAGCUGAUUGAUUUAGAAUUAAAAAUUUGUGAUGAGGUACUGCUGCUUUGUAGCGAUGGGGUUUGAGAGUUUAUUGAGGAUCAAGAAGCUGUCGAUUUAGUAGCUGGGUAUGAAGAUAACCCGAAAGAAGGAGCUGAAGCUCUUGCUGAGCUAGCGAAAGAUAGAUGGCUAAGCCAUGAAGGGUAUGGAGUGGAUGACAUCACUGUGGUUUUGGGAUUUAUCUCUAAAAUGAGACAAAUGGAGGAAUAA